UUUCAGACAAAAAUCAAGCCUCAGGUCACGAAAGUCCGAAUCCCAAAAUCUGAGCUCCACAGUCUCAUCCGUGCAGCUGUGAUACAGUAUUUGGGCGCUUCCUAAAUUUCCCCUCCUCCCUCUCCCAUUGGUUGGUCGAUCUCUAGUUCUGCACACCUAUCAUGCCUCGUAUCAGGAAAAGGACAAGCAAGCGUGGCACUACUCACCACCGCGAGAGGAUUAAGAGCAAAGUCAGAGAGACUCGGAAGAAGAGGCAGAAGGAGGCGAAGAAAAAUCCCCAGUGGAAGUCUAAGCAAAAGAAAGAUCCGGGCAUCCCGAACAAUUUCCCGUACAAGGACCAGAUUCUUGCUGAGGUUGCUGAACAGCGCCGCCAAGCUGAAGAAGCCAAGCAGCUGCGGAAAGAGCUCAAGAAGCAGGCUAAAGCCGUUGCUGCUGCCAGUACGGAAGAGGCCUUAGAUGAUGAGGGAUCUGAGGUCGCCUUCGACGGCAUCGCUGCGCUUCACAGUGCCAAGCACGCCUUCGGCAGUAGCAAAAUAACGACUGCUCCCUCUACUGAGGAUGCUGAGGAUGAAAAAGCUCCUGCACUCCUUAGUCAUGAAUUUCCCGAUCUGAAAUCUGUCUUGGAUGCCGCCGACGUUGUGGUCGAGGUUCUGGAUGCUCGCGAUCCGCUUGCAUACCAUAGCACCCACCUGGAGGAGGUCGUGAAGGAGAGUGGGAAAAGGAUGCUUUUGGUAAUGGGCAAAAUUGACGGAUGUCCUCGCGAAGCUGUUUCGUCGUGGACUACAUAUCUCCGUGCACAGCACCCAACAGUCCUCUUCCGCUCUGCAUCGGCAUUUAUGCCCGCCUCUGGGUCUUCACCGGCGAAAGGUAAGGGCAAAGAGCGCGUUGACGAUGCUCUAGGCUGGAGUUCCGUUGCUACUACCCUGGAGAACUUUGCUGCUGAGAAGCCUUCCGACGAGCCGCUCGUCGUGGCUAUCGUCGGGUUCACAAACUCUGGCAAGAGUUCGUUCAUCAACUCACUCGCUCGAAAACCUGCUCUUCCUGUGUAUAAGCUCAGCAGCUCCCAGGAUGGCCCCACGACGACUGUCUUCCCGCAGGAGGUGUUCCUGGAAAUUGGAAGCAAAAGAAUCCGCCUCAUUGACACUCCUGGCCUGAGCUGGGUCGCUCCUGCUGCGCAGUCGGUGGAGGAGGUUGCUCGCGUCCGUGCGCGAGAUAUUAUCAUUCGCAACAAAGGCAGGAUAGACCGCCUUAAAGACCCAGAGCCCGUGGUUCAUGAGAUCGCCAGUCGUGCCAGUAGGGACGACAUGAUGCUGUUCUAUAACCUUCCUGCCUUUGCAGAGAAAGACACGAAUGCACUUCUUUCGACUCUUGCACGCGCGAACGGUCUUGUUAAGAAGGGUGGUGUCUUGGACGUCAUCGGUGCUUCGAGGAUCCUCCUCCGUGAUUGGAGCACGAGCAGGUUUCCUCACUUCACGCUUCCCGGGCCUCUAGCCGCAUCGGGGUCGGCCGACUCGGCGUUCGCUGACGCGUAUGCUGCGGAUGUCAAGAUUCUUUCGACGCUACCUACUCGCAAGGAACGCAGAAAAGCGACGGGAGUUGUCAAGCUGGCGCCAUAUGUACCUGAAGCCCGGAAGAUCACCCUGGAGGCGCCGUGGGCGGGAGAAGAAGAGAGCGACGAGGAUGAUGAAGGGGAGGAACUGGGCAACGGGCACACAGAAGAUGAUGAGGAGGACGAGGAGGACGAGAAUGAUGAUGACGAAGAAGGGGAGGGCGAAGAUGAGGACGAGGACGAAGAAGAGGAGCCUGAACAGCCGGUCGGCAAGCGGAAACGCUCCGCUCAGAGUUCAGCUCUUGCACGUCCGACGAAAAAGGUCGCCUUUGCUGUUGAACCCAAGAGCACUAAGCAGGCGCGAUCCGCCGCUGGGUUAAAGGGCGCCAUGGCGGCUGAGAAGAAGGUCAAGGUCGCCACCCAGGUAAGGCCCCCAGCGAAGCCAAGUCCCGCUGUGGCUCUGAAGAAGGUUGCCAGCUCCAAAAAGGCAUCAGGGACGGAGAACAGGGCCGUCAAUGGCGAGGAAGCCUAUGACUUUAAGAAGUUCUUCUAGACACGAUGUGUUGAACCGACGCCAGUAUCCGUGUACAUCACAUGCUGUAGAGCGUCAUGACAUUUCUUGUCCGUGUAGGCAUGCGUAGGACCAGGACGGUACCCAUACUGCGAUAACACAAGACCCGUAUGAAGGAUGAUCAUACGUUGAUAAUAAAAAAAGGAGUUACCGAUCAAGAACGCAAAAUUCUGCCACUAGACAACAGAUUAGUACAGUGAUAGUGCCUCAGCGUCGCUGUUCACAAGCCUGAGAAGCAGCUGUCCCUCAAUCCUCUGGCACUUCUCCAGAAUAGCCGAGUCAAGCCUGCGUCAACGUGCUCAGGAGUCGGGAAGCCCAACUGGAAGACAAGUAGAGCCAUAACCUUGAGCUUCGAUCCCCAAUCGGUAUCCAGGCUUGCCAAAAGAAAGUGGCAGAGGUCGGCGAGGGCCCUCUCCCAACCACGCAGACCUCACGGCAAGAAAAAUCGACAGACACAGAUCAUCGGGCGCUC